AAAGAAAUAUUCAUUCAUGUACCUAGCACGACAGGACAGAUAUCUUUGAACUUUUUUGACCUUUGAUUCAUAACUACUGUUCUUUUUCCAUAAAUCGAAAAUGGCUUGCUGAAUUACAUUGAAUCAAUCUGAAUGUUCUCACUACAUGUUGUACGUUGAAUGAUGACGAAUCAUUCGAUGACUUUUUCAUAGAGCAAGCACCGGUCUAGGAAAAGUUGCAAUCGUUUUGUUUUUCGGAAGCAAAUAUGCGCCCCUGACUGCUACAAAGACACUCGUCUCCGCGUUGAAGAAGAUACGGCUGUAACGCAUCGCCAAGCGGGGACAGCCGUAAGCUGACUCUGCUUUCGCCGACUGACAUCAACUUGUUGCAAGGAAAUAUCUUCGUAUUUGGAGCGAAGCACACUGAUCGGCGGUAAUUCCGAAAGAUGGCCGCAACGAUUCCAUAUUCAGGCUAUGGCAGCCUGAUUUGGAAGCCAAAAGACUCGCUUGCGAAUCCAAGCAAAGGUUUCUCUAAACAAAAAGUUUGAAAUAAUUUCUCGUGUAGUGUGAUACCAAUACCAUCUCUACCGCAUCUAGCAAAUACUUUGCAUUCAGAUUCGAAUUUGCGAAUAUGGUCGUAUGAGAAUUGCUCUGUGAUCAUGGCACUUUUUACCAAUACAGAUGAUCUCACAAAAAUGCGAUUUGACAAUAUGCACUAUACCCGUGCUUACAACCAGUGCAGGGGCCGAGGAGUGACUGCGGCAAUAUGUGCGGCAGCGCUCCCCGGUGAUGCUCACGUGACUCCACACAAUCCGAUGGCAAUACACUUUACGAAAGAAGUUGUCGAUGGAAUUGAAUGUACUUUUCUGUUGAGACCAUGUCUAAGUCUCCUUCUCCCUCGGGAAGUGUUUUUUUUCAUCUAUUUCUGAUCGUUGCCUACAAUGGGUUGCGGCUGGAUAAGGUUUCGUACGAGUACGACAUGAGUAUACGAUGAAGCUUUUUGCUCGAUAGGACGGAAGCCCAUCCCCAUGUGAUUCUACAGGUAUGUCCGACACGGGAGACGUAGCCAAAUGUCAGCACUAUUUUGAAGGGACUUAUAAGAA